CACACUAUCUUUGAUGUCCACGUCCCCGUGGUGUCCGAGUCCUACCGGCUGCGAUGUGUUACGCGCCCCUGCUUUAGAAAAAACAGAGAAGGAAACUUCAUAGAAAUGGCGGAGGGUACAACGACUCUCAAAGGCUUGCGAGCCCAAAUGGCUGCAGCUGCACAGGCACAAGCCGAGGAGCGGCGUAGCCUGUCAGAAAACAGCCCAGGACCUACAACCAACCCACCAGCUAAACCUCAGGGGAGUAGGCCAGUCAUCGACGGUGCCGCACUUAGAAUAGACGACCGACUGCGAGUGGCAAAAGAGAGACGAGAGGAGGCAGAGAGACAACAGGGUUUGCGAGACUCUCAGAUCAUGGAGCGGGAGCGCAAGGCCAAGAUGCAAGUGGAGCGUCAGUUGGAGGAACGUCAGAAAAAGGUGGAUGAACAGCGAAAAAAGGAGGAGCAGAAAAGAUUGGCUGUGGAGGAGAAGAGGAAGCAGAAACAGGAAGAGGAAAAGGAGCACUACGAGGCAGUGAUGCGGCGGACAUUGGAGCGUAGUCAGCGAGUGGAGCAGAGGCAGAAGAGAUGGUCCUGGGGAGGACUGUCCACAGACUCUGAUGGACGAACAGGAGACUCUGACGCCGGCGCCUCAUCUCCAGUAACUAUAGUUAUCUCCCCUGCCUCGCCAGACAAGCCUCCAAGGAGUCGACAAGUGGACAAGCGCUCCACAUCCACCAUGAACCUGAAACAGCUGUCCGAGGCUGGCAUCAGCAAACGCCUAUCCUCCUCCUCUGCCACCCUUAUAAAAUCUCCUGACAAAAGUGUUAAGCAGAGGAGCUCGUCUUGUAACCGGUUGCCUAGCAAUGGCAACGCUACUCAGGCCAGUAAGGAAGACGCCAAAAAGCUUCAGGUGGAACAGACAGGCCGUUCCGUCAAGAAGAGAAGUUCCUCCCUCACACGAGUAAGUGUGGGCAGAGCACAGACCCCUGCCAAGCCUGAUAAGGGGACAACGGAUGAUCAAGCUCGCAGGCCACUGGCCGGCACUGUGGACGGAGGGGUCCUUAGUCGCCUGCUCACCCCCACCCAGGCCUCACUAGCUAGGAGCAAGAGCGCCGCCGCCCUGUCAGCUGAAGGAACAGAUGCUCCAGAGUGUCACCUGUGUCCUCGCUCAGCCUCUGCCAGUCCCCUGCACCCACCGCGGGGACCCGUGCGCAGCCGCAGCAUUGACCGACAGAAGAGCGGCAUGACCACCUCGGUGUCGGCCGACGGAGCCCUCGACCCUUCAACGAAAGACAAGCAGUUAACAUCGCCUGGAGGGCAACGUCCCGUCUCCCCAUCUACUACCCUGGGACGCAACCGUUCACCAUCCCCAGCCCCCAACCCAGCCCCAAAGAGGACCCCCUCCCCAGCUUCCAAGCAAAGUUCCAGGACACGCCCACCCUCACCUGGUGCAAUGAAACAACGUCCCCCAUCCCCCCAGCCUGCGUCAGCCAAACCGCCACCUAUCCAGAAACCAGCUCUCACUCCAACAGGGCCCCCCACCCUGCGAAAGAGGGACUCCAAGUCCAAGGAUCUGUGUCCUGUCCAGACUGCGUCUCCACAGUCCUCCGAUUCCAGCAAGACCAAAGAGAAAGAUGACUCUAAAGGCUCGACAGGCACCAACUCGGCCGCCGAGGCAGCCAAGAUCCUGGCGGAGAACCGCAGAUUGAUGCGAGAGCAGAAAGAGAAAGAGGAGCUGCUCAGGGUACAGAGGGAGGAAGAGGAGAAGCUGAGAAAGGAAGAAGAGAUGCGUUUAGCGGAAGAGGCUCGACUGAUACGCGUGGAGGAGGAUAAGAAGCUUGCAGUGGAGAGGAAAAUUAAAGACGAGGAAGAUGCUCGCUUAGCAGAGGUGGACCGGGUGAGAAUGGCAGAAGAGGAGGCAGUGAAACAGGCCGAGCUGCAGAAAGAGCGCGAGGAGGCUGAGGCCAAAGCCCUGGAGGAGGCCGAGAGAGUCCGCGUGGAGAGAGACCGCAUCAUGCAGCAGAACCAGCAAGAACGAAUGGAGAGGAAGAAGAGAAUUGAAGAGAUAAUGAAAAGAACAAGGAAGGGGGAGCAAAGUGACUUGAAGGGAGAAGCAGGAGAUGGAGAUGGAGAUGACGAUAAACAGGAGGAUGAAGACGAGGAAGAUGAGGACGACGACCAGGACCAGAUAAACUAUGAAACCCAGAGCCAGACGGAUGACGUCGGCAUGGAUGAGUGUGAUCUGUCCUCCGGCGAGCCGAUGGCAAAACGAGAGGGUCCCCUGGGCAGCGUUAACGGGAAACCAGAGACGGACGACAAGGAGAACAACAACGGCAUAAGCACUGACGAGACUCAGGCGGGGAGUCCAGUCCCUAAGGGCCGCCUCGUCGAGGGCUCGGAGUUCCUGAAUGAACAGGACUCCGCCAAGGUGGGGCUGGUCUCAAGUCUCAACGGUAAAUCCAAUCAGUGGAGCUUUGAGGAACUCAUUGACCUCAACGUCCACUCCAAGACUCGGCCCCUCAUCAAGGCAGAGGACUGUAACCAGGUCUUGAUCAACUGUGACGGGAGCUCAGACGGGACCAGGGUAGCCUUCGAGGACAAGGGAACCCCCGUCAACACCCUGCAUUCCUCUAGUCAACCCAUAGAAGCCCUGUCAGAUAUUUGACGCUGCAGCCAUCGCUGAGAAGCCUCUUACUGUUGCACUCGUAAAGUUCCUGUCCAGCUGAGCUCCUUAAAAAAAAAAAAAGAAGAAGUUCCAAACAGCUUCCUCCUCUUUCUCCUCCUCCUCUUCCAGAAGGAGGAGCACAAGGAGAAGCGGAAAGACCACCCCAAGUGCUACAUUUACACCCCACAUUAUGAGGAAACAAAUAUACAAAAAUGAUAUAUAUAUAUAUAUUAAAAAAAUAAACAUACGCUUCAGGGAAAUUCCACAUAUUCCUUCGACAUGCUCGCUUCAGGUCUCUUUCCUCUUCCUCUUGUGUUUAGUUCUCCAGAUUUUUUUUUUUUUUCUAUGUUGUGUCCAAAUUUGAUGAUGUUUUUUUUAAAGAGUUUUGUCUUUGUCAGGGGUGCAUUUGUUGUAAUUUAUUAAUUUUGGCUUCUUUGUUAUUGUAAUUAAUGUUAUAUGUUUAGUCUUUUUAGUUUUUUCUCUUGUUUCGAGAAUAUUCCAGGACACAUGCAUAUUCUGCUGCGUGAAUUGAAUAUCGUGACUUAAAGGAAGAAACGUUGAUGCGUUCUGUUCUGUGUCGGGGGGUUCGGUGGGGAUUGCAUCCCAGGUUUCACAUGUGAUUCAUCUAAAUUUACUUGACCGGCUGCUUUUUGCAGGAUCCAGCAAUAUGGCCUUACUAUUUUCCCCCCAUCUUUUAAGUGUGAAUAUACUAAAUUGCUUGUGCUGAAGCUCAUACCCGCACAGUUUAGUCCGUCAUGUGCUUACACUUGAAAGUCACUUCUGUAUUCAUACUUAGAGCUCCGCCCCUCAGUCUCCCUGCUUCUUACCCCACGUGUUUCCUUCUUUGGCCACUAGAGGGCGCCCAGAGCACAACUCCCAACUGUUACAUUUGAAGCUGAAUAGUGUUGAUUCAUUCACAGCACUAAAGUGAAAUCACAUGUUCAGUGAUGCUUCUGCAGUUUGUUCAUUUAGGGCUCGUUAGGGGUUUGUUAAUUUUUACAUAUGUAUAUAGAAUUUAUGUUUACUAACAACAUCAUUGUAAUUAUCAGAAUCUUGAGUUGCAUCCUGUUCUAGUCUCAUCUCAACAGACUGCAUCUGCACCACACAACUGCUUGAAUAACCAUAACGGCAACACACCAUCUUAACAGGUGAAGUCUUUUAGUGUCAUUUCAUGGCUGCUUCUGAGCUUCUUAAGGCGGUGUGUGUUUGUUACUGAAUUGAACUUGAAUGUUCGGCUGAAACGACAGAUUUUUAAUUAUCUGGUUUUAACUUGAGCUUUACCAACACAUCUAUAUACAAUUUUCCAUCCAUCCUCGUGUCUGUGCAGCUCAUUCAUCCAUUACAUUUAUUUCCCAUUUAUUGAGCGUCUUUGAAAAAUUCCCCAAACACCAGCUGCUACAUCAGACAAAAUGCAUUUCAAUUAUUUUUUAUAAUAUAAAAUUUGGCUGUUUUUUGUUUAUAUAUGAAAAUACAUUUCUACAUAUAUUUAAGUGUUAUUGUGUUGUGUGUGUGUGUGUGUGUGUGUGUAUAUAAUCAGUAUUAGGCAUAUGAAGCCAUGUUUAGGAUGAAGUGGCGUCAGGAUGUGGAUAACUGAAGUCUGUGUGUCUGUGCUAUACGUUAGGUUUCUGCUCGACUCGUGCCCUGUGACGGGGCUGUCAGGUUAGGGCAGCCUGGAAUAAUUUACAUAAAGCCCUCUUCCACAUGAGCUCUGGAAAAAGCCAAGUGGGGACCCACUAUAUGUUUCUUAAAAUAUGGCAUGUGUGUAUUUGUGUACGUUUUAGCUCUUUCAGCCCCAAAUCCCAAAGCCCUGAUUCUGAAUAUCGCCUCAAAGAGACUAAAUAAAUUGACAUUUUGACGGCCAGUCGUUACAGCCCUCAGCAACCAGUCUGACCCAUGAUCAGAGUCGAGGCUGUGCCUCUUUAUGAUGCUUUUAACGUCAUCAAAACAUGUUUUAUAUUAUUUCAAAGGAUGAUGUAGGAUAGUUAUAGUAUAGGCAUAUCAGCUCAGGUCUUAUCUUUGUAGUAGGAGGCAGAAGAUGACAUGGGUCAGACUUGUUUUCUGUCUCUUCUGUAUUGAAAUCUUGAAAUUCCCUAUGCUUGAACAGUCCAAGCACGAGGUUUGGAGGACCUUUUAUUUUUGCCUUGUUCUCUGCUGACUUAACUAAAAUCUCUUUGUACAUAAAGACUAGGAGCUUUAGAUGUUAGCUUCGAUAAAUAUCUCAAAGAAUGUAACAAAUUCCAUAAACCGUCCUUCAUUAUUUACCGUGCAUCUCAAGAGCUGCCUGCUUUUUUGGCUUUCAUCCAUUAUUCAUAUAGAAAACAUGAGACUCUUUGCACUCGUCACAAAUUACUCGCUAUGUUUAGAGAAUGGUUACUGAGCAGUAGCUUUACUGUGCAGACUCGUAGGAGAGAAGAAAAGAUUAAAGUCAUUUUGUUCCCAGAUGUUUUAGAAGUCUCGUUCGUAAAACCCACUUGCCUACACUUAAACCCCAGCCUCCCUCGCGCCCCCAAACCUUUCCACUCAUGAGUAGCAUCUGUUGGAGGGCUGUUGUAGCUGCUGCUUGAACAGAUACUGUAUCUAUUCCAGGUCCUGCUGCAUCUUUGAGGGCUCGAGCACAGAGCUGACGGCUCUUAGUCCUCAACGUUGUCUAUAACUAUAGGAUAGAACCGUGCCUUAGAUUGAGAUUUAGUAUUUUUAUUGUAUCACAGUUAACUAAGAAAGCUUGUCCUUACCUCGGCCUCGACAAUCAGUCUACCCAACUUAGGGCGACUUUGUGAAUAUGAAUAUUUCUCUGGAAGAUUUAUAAACCUAACAACGCCCUGUCCACAAGUAAGAUUUGUACUGUAAAUAUAUCUAAAGUGUACUGAGAUGAUACAAACUGUUUAAAACAAAUAAAGUCUUGCAAAAAUA